CCUCGCCUCUUCGACUUUUACUAGUCAAAUGCCAGACUGAUAUGUUCUACUCUACUGCCUACCCUGUCUGAGCUCCCUUUUUCCCUUUUUUUCUUCUUUUGUUAGUCUUCUCUGCCCGCCAAAACUCAGGCAACGCUGUCCGUCAUCAGGAUAGAUGCCGGGCAGUUCGCGCGUCGAUGCCCCGUACGGGCCAUACCAUCAGCCUCACAACACACACCCUUCCCAGCUACAACAGAGUCAGAACACCACCACUCCAUUGGCGCCAGCAGGGAGUCCAAAGGGAAAGAAGGCCAAAGAAACAAAUCCCGUUCUAAUUCUCUACGACCGAGCUUUCAACAUGGGUGCUGGUCGCUGGCUGUCGGGUGCCUUCGUUCUGGGGUUCUCGGCGGGCAUUAUAUCGAAGAAGCCGACAGGUAUGCUGUUGGCCGUAUCAACCUACAACCUAGCAUGCGCAUCGCUUCAUGUCUUCCUGGUGGGACCGACGAUAAAGCCCAUAUCGCCAAGCAACAUGAAGCCGCCGGCUUGGUACUUUGUCGUCCUCUCCGCGUCGUCGAUCAUGUGGCUCAUCGCCUUCCCGCUUAUGUUCGUGGUUCGCAGCGACGCGGAACAGUAUGUGGUGCUGGACCUUCGAAAGCGCGCCGCCAUUGGACACAUCGCCGGCCUGGGCCUGGACACCAUCCAGGCGUUGGAGAAUAUCACAAUGGCCUGCGCCUGCUUCGGUGUUUCUGCUUUUAUAUUAUGUCUGGCACAAUGGUAUUAUGUGUUCAAGAUCGUCAGGGGUUCCUUCAAAACAGAAGAAAUGAGGGAAGCUUUUGAAAAAGUGAUGAAAAAAAGAUGAGAAACAACCAACAGGGAGUUCUGGGGGAGAGGAGCGAGAGGCCGGAUGGAUAGUAGAAGAAUCAUUUGAUGCCAUCCUCGUAUCCCUUUCUGG